CUUCCGAAAAUCAUUUUGAAAGGAUCUCGAACGACAUGUUGAAGAGAUUUCAGUAUGCUUUGUUAGAUUUUCUACGGCUGUGCUGUUCGUUUCAAUAUGGCGAUGGUUAGUUGCUUAGUGCUACGAAAGUCUCGUUGCUUAUCAUGAAUUUCAUGGAUUUUCAUUCUAUUUCCUUGUAUCAUUUGAAUACGAAGCCUUGAUGUUCAUAUUAUCAUAUGUAAGUGCACGCAACUUAUAUAAUUAUGAAGCCGUGCAUCUGAUAAGAGGAUAUUAUUCGAAAAGUGUUGCUCAGACAGCACGAUAGAUUCGGCAAUUUGCCGUCCUGUCGGAGAAGAAUUGCUGCCAAGAUAUAUAAUUUCUUACUGUUUCACUGCACACCAGCCACGUAAAUAUAUUUCAUAUGCAAGAGCAUUCAAGUAUCAUAAUAUAUAAUUAAUUAGUAAAUUAUAAAAUUGAGACACAAUGGCUGAAACGCAGCGAAUGACUGUUUAUGGUAGACAUCCUCCUUGUGCUAGUGGAAAUCGUUUGGAAGAACGUCGUGCUCGAAGAUUAGCCUUGAGGUUGGAAAGAAACCGAAAAUCAGACAAGCCAGAUGAUUUUAUAUGUUAUGAGUCGAGUGAUGAUGAGGCAGAGACUGUAAGUGAAGGGAAACAGUUUCUAAGAACUUCUUUCAAUUUCGUGGACUAUGUACGUGCAAGAGAAACAAACACAAGAGAAGUGAGAAAAAUUAAUCAAGAAUAUGGAUUUAGACACAUAUUGACUCAUGAUUUAUUUAAAGAAUAUUCGGUUAGCUUAAAUAAUAUGAAUAAAGUCUUUUGUUCUCAAUGGUUAAGUGAUAGGCAAGUAGUAUUUGGUACAAAAUGCAACAAAUUAAUGGUUUAUGACGUAGCAACUCAGAAAUUAGACCAAAUACCAUCUCUACAUGGAAGGCAAAUUAAUUCAGGGGGUAAUGCUGUUCCUGAACAGCAAUGUGGUAUACAUUCUGUUCAAAUCAAUCCUUCUAGGACUCUCCUAUCAACUGGAGCAAGAAAUAGUAAUGAAAUAGCAAUAUAUAGGCUACCAACAUUAGAUCCAGUUUGUGUGGGAGAAGGUGGUCAUAGAGAUUGGAUUUUUGAUAUGUGUUGGUUAGACGACGAAUUUUUAGUUUCUGGUUCUAGAGAUACCAAAAUGGCUUUAUGGCGUAUAGAUAAUGAUCUUGCUGAAGCUCCUGACAAAGCGGACGUGCCAACACACAGGUUGAUUCAACCCGUAUGUGUCAAGGAAUGUAGAUCUGCGCAAAAAGUACGAGCUCUCGUCUUCAAUAGAACGUAUAAAGAAAUUGCUGCUAUCACUUUGAAUAAUUUUAUACACAUCUGGUCUGCUGAGACUUUUAGACAAAAAAUAUCCAGAAAACUACCAGUUUGUCAAGAAAAUGUUUGCCUUGCUGUGCAAGAUGAUGGUGUUUAUGCUGUAGGAUGUCGUUCUUAUACUUUACUUUUAGAUGCAAGGACUGUACAACCUAUAAAAAGAAUACCUUCACGAUACAGCGGUUGUGGAAUUCGAUCAGUUAGUUUUCAAGGUUCCGUUUUAACAAUUGGUACAGGCUUAGGAAUGAUGUUCUUUUAUGAUGUUAGGGCUCAAAAAUAUCUUGAAUCAUCAAUUAAUUCUAACAGAAUUGUUGUAUUAAAAGCAUCAAAAGGCUACGUGUUUCCUGAUGAAGAGUAUAUAGAUGGAUUUCAAAAUGUGAAGUAUACACCUGCUAUAUAUACCCAUUGCUAUGAUGGAUCAGGAACUCGAUUAUUCACCGCUGGUGGUCCUCUUCCCGUAAAUUUAUAUGGUAACUAUGCAGGAUUAUGGCAAUAAAAUUAAUUUUAAUUAAUUAAUUAAUUAAACUACCGUAUCGAUUUUACGUAAGUAAUUAUAAGUUGUACAUUUAACUAAACAUUAUUGAAAUUUUAUCUCAGGAGGUAUAUACACCUAUUCUAGAAUUAAGGAACAUUAUCUGAUCAUCAUCAUCUUGUAUUUUCACUUCUUUUCGAUUUUAUUAUAUAAGAAACUAAGUAAAAAAUUAUAUUCGGAUAUUAAAAUUUUAGAAUAUACUUAUCAAAGAUUUUUAUACUUUAUGAAUAAAUAAGAAAGUAGCAAAUAUUGACAAAACAUCUUACAAUUAGAGGUGUAUAUAUCUCAACUGCCUGAAGAAAUGAGUGAUAAAAAUAAAGAUAUUCGAUUUUUUUAUCAUUUCAAUCAUAUAUUUAACUCUGAAAGUGAUUUUCAUUAAACUAUUUUAUAUUACUAAUCAAGUAUAUCAGCAUGUUUGUAUGCAGUGUGGGAAAGCCAAAUUUAAUGUAUCAAAAACCAUUGUUGCAUUCAAAACCAAGAUCUGAUAAAUACUAAUUUUAUAAUCAAUGUGAUCUAUUUUAUGAAUUCAGCUUGUUAAAUUAAUUUCAUUCAUCUUUUAACAUGACAGUUUGCUCUUGUAUUAUUUAUUGUAUAUGAAAUUUAAUAAAUUAUUGUAUGAAAAUCUUACAAAGAAAAAUGUACCAUGAAUAUUGAAGAAAAAUACUUUAAAAGUUUCAAGUCUUUAUAUGAUCUGCAUACAGUAUGAGUUUUAAAAUCAUUUUUAUCUGUGUUGUACAUUUCUACAUCAGUACAAUAGAAAUGAAAAUUUAAAAAGUAAUCAACGAAUAACACUGCAAUGAACAUUAAGUUUCUCAGAUGCAAUCUAUCAAGUUGAAAUUUUACUACUGGCCUUAGUAGAACAAUAUAUAAUGAAUAUUUGUUACAAAAAAACUUAUUUUAGAAAAAUAAUAUCUAUUAAAGCCUUUAUAAUGUAUUUCUAUAUCACAUAGAACGUCAAACAUAUAUAAUUUUGAUCAAUGCAUAACUUUUGAAACAGUAUCUUUUAAGUGUGCAUGGCAAUUAUUAUUGUUUUGUUAAAUUUUAAAAAAUAUAUUCAGUUUAUUAUCUUCUAAAUAUUAAUUCUUUUAGUUAUAUUUUUUUGUUAAUAUUAUUAUAAAUAAUGUUAAAUUUAUUAAUUGUAUCUGUUUCUGAUAUUGGAAAAAAUAUUUUGAAUUGUAACUGCUCAAAUUUGAUCAAAUCGAUUAUUCAUAUAUUACACAAGUUUAUGAUAUAAAGGUAUUCAAAAAUAUCAGCUGUGCACAUUUGCAAUUACAAAUAAUGGUACACAAUCUGUAAUUAAUGUAUUUCUUAUGUACAAUUUGAAAAAUUUAUUUCAACAAAGUACAGUCUGUCUCAUAAAAGUAUGUCGGGAAUAUUUCAACAAAGUACUUGAGAUUAAGUUAUAUAUUUAAAAAGUGUAAGAGCAUGUAAUAUUGCUAAUUAAUAUGCGUUUGCAUAAUUUCUAAUUUUAUUCUCUAAUAAAUAUUGUUUGUCUCAAUGUAUGAGAAAGCAUCGAAUUUUUAGAAAAAAACCUGACAAAUCGCUUUUGUCUCCCCUCUCUUUAAAACGUUGUAUCCAUUUCUUAACCAACUGUGAGGUAUAUAAAUAUUUACUCUUUUGAGAGUGUAAACAUAAGAUGACAAAUCUGAAAGACUUUAAGCCACUAUGUAUUACAGAGAAGAACAUGUUUAGAUUAUUAUAAUAUAUUUUUCAUCAAGUUUUAACUUUUGUAAACAUCAUCUAUAUGCUCUUUUGAGACAGAUUGUAUCUUUGAUGAAUAAAUUGUAUAUUAUUAUAAUGAUGUUAAUUGUGCAUAACUAGUUUACACGUUUAAUUGUAAACAGAUUUAUAUUUAAUUUUUAGAAUGAAUCAUUUUCAAAUUUUGGUGUACUUAAGUGAUCAAGUUCACCAUUAUGUUUGUCACUGUCUUAUAUAUUAAAUUUGUUGAUACAGUAAAAUGAUGCAAGUGCAUUUCCAAUACUUAAGAUAGAACAUUUUAAUGAAUCAAGAAAUUGUUGACAUGUAAACAAUAAGUAAUUGAAUUAUUAGUAUAUCGCAAUGAAUAUGUGGUAACAAACUAUACUCUGUGUACUUUUACAUUAACAGAUUAUGAAUUGUUAACAUAUACUCAUAAAGUCAUUGCAUUAUAUGAUAAAUAAAAAUGUGUGUUGUAUUUAUAAAUUCAUGAUUAGAUUGUACGAAUAUGUAUAUGAUCAUGCAUAAUGAACGAAUACAUUGAAUAUCAUACACGAUUAUCACAUGUACCUUUACUACAAAUACUACAAACAAAAUAUUAUAAAAUAAUGCUA